GCGUCUUCCUACCCCGCUGCACUAGCACGCCGCGCCGUAUUUAUUCCAUCCAUCCAUCCGGCCAUAUCAGCUGGCGUAGCUGCUGUAAAUCUGACGAGAGCAGGCAAGAAACAGUACGUACUGAUCGAUGAUGGGACCAGCAGCAAUGCUCCUCCUCCUCCUCCUCCUCUUCCCCGUCGCCUCCGCCGCCGGCAGCAGGACGCUGGUGUUCAUCCUUGCGGGCCAGUCCAACAUGGGCGGCCGCGGCGGCGCCACCAACGGCACCUGGGACGGCGUCGUCCCUCCCCAGUGCGCUCCCUCCCCCCGCAUCCUCCGCCUCUCGCCGGCCCUCCGCUGGGAGGAGGCACGCGAGCCGCUCCACGCCGGCAUCGACCUCCACAACGUCCUCGGCGUCGGCCCCGGCAUGCCCUUCGCUCACGCCGUCCUGCACUCGCACGUGCUGCCGCCGGAUACCGUCGUCGGGCUCGUCCCCUGCGCGCAGGGAGCCACCCCCAUCGCCAACUGGUCGCGUGGCACCGAGCUGUACGAGCGGAUGCUCACGCGCACCAGGGCCGCCCUGGCCGAGUGCGGCGGCCAAGGCAAGCUGGCCGCGCUGCUGUGGUACCAGGGCGAGGCCGACACCAUCAGGCGCGAGGACGCCGAGCUCUACACAGGCCGCAUGGAGACAUUCGUCCGCGACGUCCGCCGCGACCUCGCCAUGCCCGACCUCCUCGUCAUCCAGGUUGGGCUUGCAACCGGGCAGGGCAAGUUCAUCAAGCUCGUCAGGGAAGCUCAGAAGGGAGUGAAGCUCCCGAACGUGAAGUACGUGGAUGCCAAGGGGCUGCCCAUUGCCAACGAUUACACGCAUCUUACCACCCCAGCUCAAGUGCAGCUUGGCAAGAUGUUAGCCAAGUCCUACUUAGCUACGCUCUGAAUUUCUAGUGCAAUACCAUCGAUCUGCUCCAUUUUUCAGAUUGGAUUGUUAUAGAAAUGCUCUACAGCCAUAAACGGCAUUGCAUUGUACUCCUCAUUUGUGGUGAAUGUUUCCCUUUCUUCGGCCAUAGCAGAGCCUUCUUAGUUCAUUCAAGCUGUCAUCCCAGUCUUAUCGUCCUGUUCAGAACUCAUGCUAGUAUUUGCUACUAUUCCGUUACAUUGCAGCUUAUCCCUGUAAUAGAUAAAUAAGACAACAUACAUUUCAGAAUUCUCAUCUUCUUUUUUA